CGCUGGUCUUGGUCCGGCCCAGGACGGUUUUGGAGCUGGCCUUGAAGUAGUGGCGGCUGCGCCCUGGACGUCCCGCUGACCGCGUGCGUGCUUCUGAGAAAUGUUUGCUGACGAGCCUGAAGCCCCUGCCAACACCCAGGUGACGGCGGGGGAACCGGUACAGCAGCCCAGCGUGGUGGACCGCGUGGCCGGCAUGCCCCUCAUCAGCUCCACCUGCAACAUGGUGUCCGCCGCCUACACGUCCACCAAGGAGAGCCACCCCCACGUCAAGACUGUCUGCGACGCGGCCGAGAAGGGGGUGAAGACCCUCAAGGCCGCUGCGGUCAGUGGGGCCCAGCCCAUCCUGUCCAAGCUGGAACCCCAGCUCACCUCGGCCAGUGAAUACGCCCACAGGGGGCUGGACAAACUGGAAGAGAAUCUGCCCAUCCUGCAGCAGCCGCCGGAGAAGGUCCUGGCAGACACCAAGGAGCUGGUGUCGUCCAAGGUGUCAGGGGCCCGACAGGCUGUGUCCAGCACAGUGUCCAGUGCCAAGGACACUGUGGCCUCCCGAGUCACCGAGGCAGUGGACGUCACCCGGGGUGCCGUGCAGAGCGGCGUAGACUUGACCAAGUCCGUGGUGACCAGCGGCAUCCACUCAGUCGUGGGCUCCCGUGUGGGCCAGAUGGUGCUGAGCGGGGUGGACACAGUGCUGGGCAAGUCGGAGGAGUGGGUGGACAACCACCUGCCCAUGACGGACGCCGAGCUCGCCCGCCUUGCCACGUCCCUUGAGGGCUUCGACAUCGCCUCGGUGGCCCAGCAGCGCCGGGAGCAGAGCUACUUCGUGCGUCUGGGCUCCCUGUCGGAGAGGCUGCGCCAGCGGGCCUACGAACACUCUCUGGGCAAGCUGCAGAACACCAGGCAGAGGGCGCAGGAGGCCCUGCACCAGCUGACACAGACGCUUACCCUGAUGGAAACCGUCAAGCAGGGCGUCGAUCAGAAGCUGGUGGAAGGUCAGGAGAAACUACACCAGAUGUGGCUUGGCUGGAACCAGAAGCGGCUGCAGGGCCCGGAAGAGGAUGCAGCCAAGCCAGAGCAGUAUUUGAGUCACAACAGCCCCAAAGUGGAACAGCCCAGAUGUCCAUCAGCAGAUGAUGUAUCACAAAAUGUGGUCCUUCCACACACGAGAGCAUCACUCAGCUGUGAAAAGGAGGGAAGCCCGACACUCACUAACACAUGGAUGGACCCUGAGAACACGAUGCUCAGUGAGAGAAGCAGACACAGAAGAACAUACAGGGUGUGAUUCCACUGAUGGGAAACGUCCAGAACAGGCUGAUCUGUUGACACAGACAGUGGAUGAGUGGUUGUUGGGAGCUGGGAGAGGGGUAAGUGGGGAGGGAGUUUCUUUUUCUUUCCGUGUUUUGUUUUUUUUUUUGAUCAAGCCAAGAAGCUUAUGAGAUCUUAGUUCCCUGACCAGGGAUCAAACCUGUGCCCCUGGCAGUGAGAGCUCAGAGUCCUAACCACUGGACCGCCAAGGAAUUCCCUCUUUUUUUUGAGUUUCUUUUGGGGUGAUGGAAUGUUCUGAAAUUAGAUAGAAGGGCUGGUUGCACUACCUGGUGAAUGUACUAUAUAAAAAAAAAAAAUCACUGAAUUGUUCACUUAAAAGCAUGAAUUUCCUGGUAUGUGAGUUAUUUUACAUACACACACACACACACAUUGACACAUAAGGCACAUAGUGUUAAAAAAAAAUUAUAUUUCUAAAGAUAUUGUAUCUCUGUAAAACUUUGCACAUUCAGACCCUAACCACUUAAAACCAUCUCCCCCAAUCCCCCAACUGCUGAAGAAAAGAUAGAUAUUGAUCCUGGCAGCACCUCCUGGCCAGGUUCAAAGCCAGAGUUCUCAGCUGACCAGGCUCGGGACAGUCUAGGGUCCCUGCCUGCUUUGAUUUCCUCCCCAGACUCAGAAAUUUUCAAGGACUCUUAUCUCAACCAUAGUCUCCCCCACUGCUUACAACUUCUGCCUCAAAAGUUCUUCCAGACCUUCUCAUUUAAAAAACAAACAAACACUUUUUCAAAAACAAAUUUAUUAAGGUGUAAAAUUCAGGAUCUUGUACUUUAAAAAAGUUUGAGGGAAUUCCCUGGUGGUCCAGUGUGUUAAGGACUCAGGACUUACACUGCCAUGGCCCCAGUUCAAUCCCUGGCUCGAGAAACUAAGAUCCCACAUGCUGUGUGGUGAGACCAAAAUUAAAUAAAUAAAGAAGUUUUGAGAGAGAAUUCACAUCCUGUACGACUGACCCAUUUAAAGUGUACAAUUUAGUGGGUUUUAGUAUAUUCAUGGGUUGUGUGGCUAUCAACUGUGUUAAUAAUUCAGAGCAUUCCCAUCAUCCCAAGAGGAGACCGUCUCCCCAGUAUAAUAACACCCCGCUUCUGUCUUCCUCCAUGCCCUGGAAUCCGCGAAUGUACUUUCUGUGGAUAUUUCAUAUCAAUGGAAUCAUACACCAUGUGGUGUAUGGCUGCUCUCACUGAGCAUCGUGUCCUUAAGGUCCAUCCACGUGGCAGCAAGUGUCAGGGCUUCACCCGUUUAUUUGGCGGGAGAACGUCACGGUGUGUGAAUGAAUCACAUUUUGUGCCCCUGUUUGCCAGCAGAUGGGCAUUUGCGUUGUUUCCGCUUUUGGCGGCUGUGAAUAACACCCCUUUGAGCAUUUGUGCACCAGUCUUGGCACAGACGUGCACUUUCUUUUCUCUUGGGCGGAAGUCUAGGGGGUGGAAUUGCUGAGUCAAGUGCUUAUUUAGGCUUACACUUUACUAUUUUGAGGAACUGUCAGACCGUCUCCCAAAGUGACUGCUGCGCUCCAAUAUAUGAGGGUUCCUAUUUCUUCCCAUCCUCGCCAGCACCUGUUUGAUCUUUUACUUUUUUUUCAAAUUUAUUUGGCUGUUCUGGGCCUUAGUUGUGGCA